GGUUCUGGGUCUCAUGUGCCCAUAUCCCAACAGCUGCAAAGGCCGCCGCGGGGACUGGUAGCAACUUCGCCCACAUCACACUCCCGGCAAGUGCGGGGAGCACAGGGCGGAGCCCCACGCUACGCCCGGGUGCCUCAGCGCCCCCUUGGGCUCGGCUUCACUCUAGGGGGAUCGCAGGGGCGGCGGCAGCGAUGCCAUGGCGGGUUUGCCUCCCCGUGGCCCGGGGAUCCCUGGCGGCCUGGCUGCUGGUAGGCCUUUGGGUCUGGGCGCUGGGAGGCCUCUGCGGACUGGGGGCGGCGGCGCGGGGGGCCGAGGGCUCACCGCUCCCGUGCCAGGCGCCGCAGCAGUGGGAGGGGCGCCAGGUUCUGUACCUGCAGAGCAGCAGCCGCAACAGCCGCUCCCUGAUCUCCUACGACGGGCUCAACCAGCGCAUCCGGGUGCUGGACGAGAGGAAGGCGCUUAUACCCUGCAAGAGAUUUUUUGAAUAUAUUCUCCUCUAUAAGGAUAGAGUGAUGUUUCAGAUUGAACAAGCCACCAAGCAGUGCUCAAAGAUUACCCUGCAGGACCCCUGGGAUCCACUCGACAUUCCUCAGAAUUCCACAUUUGAAGAUCAGUACUCCAUCGGGGGGCCUCAGGAGCAGAUAAUGGUCCAGGAGUGGUCCAAUCGGAAAUCGGCCAGAUCAUAUGAAACCUGGAUCGGCAUUUAUACACUCAAGGAUUGUUAUCCUGUGCAGGAAACCUUUACCAAAAAUUAUAGUGUGAUAUUGUCCACCCGGUUCUUCGACAUACACUUAGGCAUUAAAGACCCCUCUGUGUUUACGCCACCGAGCACGUGCCAGACGGCCCAGCCGGAGAGAAUGAGUGAGGACUGCUCCCUGUGACUCGUACACACAGAAAAGACAGCAUCAGGCAUUAUGCGUAGUGACCCCAGCUGGAAAGUGAUUUGAGAUUUGAGGAGAUGAGAAUCGUCACUGGAAAUAAAUACAAUAAUUUUAGGAAGAUGAACAUUUCUGUGUGGUCCCUGUAUGUAUGAUUUUGACUACUCAAUCCAUGUUUACAAAAUGAAAUUGAAUGGUGAAUAUAUGGUAGUAUGAACGGAAUAGAUGGCUGGUAUGGAUACUUUCUAUAUUUCUAAAGCCACAUGGGUUCUGUUUUAUAUGCGCGUGCAGGUAUAUACUAAAUGCGGUGGUGUACAAAGCGGUAAGGAGUUACAGGAGCAGUUUGUCUUGGCGGGAAGGAGUAUUUUAUUACCAACAUUGCUGAUAAUUGAUGUUACUUGGUGAUAAUAGUAAGCAGAAUGAUUUUGGUCAGUUUUAUUAUUAAGUUUUAAAUUCUUUACAGACAGGAAAAAAAAAAAAGACAAAACAAAAAAAAUU